AUGGUGACGAUGAAUCAUGACUAUACCAAGGGCCAGAUGAUCAGUCUGGCCGUUGGGUUCAUGAUAAUUCCCACUGUCUUCUACGGCCUCCCUGCGGUCUAUGGACAUCUGGGUCAACACCAGCCUCAGUACCCCGAUGGCUCCCCAAUUAUGGACGAUCCUGGAUUGAUUUUCUUCGAGCAGACCAAAUUCGCUCUCAAUAUGAUAUCUAUCCUCGGCCUUGGUCUCGUCAAAUCAUCCAUCCUCGUCCUAUACUACACCCUCUUCCCAAGCAAAGGUUUCCACUACGCGGUUUGGAGCGUGCUUGCAUUUGUGAUUGGGUGGACUAUCAGCUUCUUUUUCUCGCACUUGUUCACCUGCUAUCCCAUCACCGUGUUCAUCGAGCCCUACUACGGCAAUUCCUGCGUGCAGACGGUGCCCAUGUUUCUCGCGCUGCUCUUCACUGACGUUGUUGCCGACUGGGUCAUUCUACUGCUUCCAGUACCGAUGGUUCUCAAAGUGCAACUGCCCCUUAAGAAGAAGUUUGCGGUGAUGGGCAUGCUCGGAUUGGGCGCCGCUGUCUGCGCCGUCAGCGUUACCAGAGUUAUUGCGACCUUUGCAAUCGCGGAGGAAUACGUCAAGCACCCAAACGACGUCAUCUACUAUACCGCCCCUGUAUUCUUUUGGACCAAUAUCGAGCUGUCUUUGGCCAUCGUGUGUGCCUGUCUGCCUACCCUGCGGCCAAUCUACUCGCAUUUCUUCCCGAAGCCUAUGGCAACCGGGAAUGAUAGUUACGAGUACGGAACUUCGGGCCGCAUGGGCGCAGUAAAAAGCAGCCUCAAGAACAGCAUCAGGAAGCCGUACGAAGAGCUGAAUGAGCUUGAGCUGACCAUGUAUGACCGUCAGACUCGGUCAGCGUCGCCAGAAGGACGGGACAUCAUCAAGCAGACCACUAUCCAACAGACAAUUGGGCCGCCGGAUAGCUCGAGCACCACCAAUUUGAGGGGAACGGCCUUCGGCCGCCCGUCACAGUACCCGUCACAGUCAAUGCACAUAAACGAGAUGAGGACCAUUCGAAAGCGCCCCUCAAGGCGUAUCGAGAACAUAUUUUUUUUGGGAAGGAAAAUUUAUGAACGGCCCAUUUUAGUCGAGGAGGUCAAAGCCAGGUGUGACGCAAUCAUGGGUAGCAUGAUCAAGUCGCUCCCACACUACCUUUACAGGCGGUGCGGCUGUCUCGUGGUGGUCCAGUUCUCGGACUCGACGUAG